GCCACACAUACAAACUCCGCUUUAUAAAACUUUGGUGUCGUCCAUUAGAGGCAACUAAAUUUCCCUCGACAACCACCACUACCACCACCACACACAUUCCCAACAACACGCAAUGGCGAAAUCACUUCGAUCCAAAACAAAACGGGAUUACCGCUCGAAGAAGCGAGAAGACGGAAUUUAUGCAGCCACAGAAGCUGCUCGCCUGCAUCGCCUUAAUGCCAAACUGAUGGCCGUCAUAUCGAAGGACAAGGACGGGGACAUUCCCCUAGGAGACGCUGAGGGAGAGGUAGAAGACUCAACAGUGCCACAGGAUACACCAGAUAACGAUACCCCUCUACAAGAAUCUAUGGAAGUGGAUACCCCCAGUACCGGUGCUAUUCGUAUAUCAACUCAUGGACGGAGAGGUUCGCGGAGGGAGGAAUGGAGAGCAUCGAAAGGUCUUCCUGUUCGACCAAAGUCGAAAGGCAUGAACCGUCAAGGAGGAAUAGCUGCUGUACGGAAACCAGGCCGGUCAAAGCGGAGGCGAUGAUGUAUAUGUAUUCGCGAUUUAUCUAUUAUUUUGGGCGUCCCCUUGGAAAAGCUUCGUUCAGUUUUGAGGUUCGAUUAUCA